GUUGGAAGGGACCUCUGGAGACAAUCCAGUCCAACCUGCCUGCCAAGGCAGGCUUGCCUGAGCAGGUGACACAGGAGUGUAUCCAGGUGGGUUUGGAAUGUCCCCCAGAGGGGACUCCAUGACCUUCCUGGGCAACCUGUUCUGGUGCUCUGCCACCCCUCAACAUGAGGAAGGAAGUUCUUCCUCAUGUUGAGGUGGAACUUCUUGUGGUUUAGUUUAUGGGCAUUUCUACAUAUAAUAUUUUCAUGGAAGGAAUAUUUAUUCUUAGCAAAAGAACUUAUUGUCAAGAAAAUUGCAAGGCUCCCCUCUUUAUGGGACACGUUGGAAUUGCUCAGUCAGUACACAAGGGAUUAGAUUAACUACUGAGAUGAAUGCAUUCUACUUCAGUUACUUCUUUCUGUUCUUCAAGGCCAUUUCUAUUAACAGAGCUCAGUGGAACAGCAUCAAAAUCUGAAAUCAGAUCAAGACACUGGUUCAAAUCCCAAACUAAAAUUUACAUGUCAUUUUCUCAUUAGAUACAAAUAUAAAUUCUAGUGGCAUUUCCCACCAUCUCUGCAGCUAAAUCACAUUUAGUGACCCCAGGCAUCUGAAAUUAGAAGGAGCUUCUCUUGAGCACUCUCACAUUGGUCACUGGCUGUUACACAGUUUGCUAAAGGGCAGGCCAUCACUUCCACUGCAGUAGCUCAUGUCAUGGAUAGUUCAGGGUGCUCUUAAGCAACCCUCGUUUUUAUAAAUUCAGAAACUAUUUCAUAAAGCAGGCGUGUUGUUAACUCUGCAUUAAUGACUGAGCUGUGAAAGCUGCUUCCAAAGGAGGGUAUUUUUUAACCACCCACAUCCGUGAUAGAAACCCCCAUAAGGGUGUGGGUUUAUGAAAUGCCAUGAAAUAUUCUCAGUCAGUGGUGCUGUAAAUAUGGGCAAGAGCAAACCAGGGUUUGGGAUUGGCUUGUCCUGCCGUGCUGAUUCAUGGAACUGAUCCAGGAUAUCCAGCAGCAGUGAAGGCUCCCAUGGGCUGCCCAGCAUUUCCCUUCCCCUGCUGACACAUAGGCCCAUAUCCCUCUUUGGAUCAGGUAUAAAACUGUCAACAAGAACUGUAAUUUCAUUUCAGUUUGGGUGGAAACCAGGCUGACUAGAUUAGUCAGGCUCUUUCUGUUGUCUUCAUGUCUGUGAUUUUCAAUCUGGAGAGCAGUUUAUCUUUUCUGGUCUUUAUCUGUAAGUGCUGUGGGCACUCCUUCAUUAAGAGGUGGAUUUGAGUUCCUCCCUCCCCCCCUUCCUCUUUAAUAUCUUUAGUCAAGUGUCAAUGUAUGUUGGUUACCAUUGUUUUUUCUGGCUUGGGUAAAUUUUCAGAGUGAAGCUGUACUUUUCCCCCUUAAUAAUAUUGAUAUCUCAAGUAUUUUUAAAUGUUUCCUCUUCCACAAAAAUUUAAACAAUUGAAGCAUCUUCUAACUUGCAGCAGAAUUCUUCUGGUGGUGGUUGUAUUUUGAAUCGUUGCUAUAUUUCCCUGCAAAUAAAGUGAAAAACCAACAGGGCAGUUUAAAGUUUUGAUCUGUGAUUUCAGCCUGGUCUUUAGCACUGAUUGGUGCCCAGCACACCACUAAAAGCAGAAAGCCACACUUGUGUGCUAGCCUCUGUAGCAGUACCUUAAUCAGAAAUGGUGACUCCCAUAAAUAUCAUCUGCAGCAGUACCUUAGUGACAGCUGGUGACCCCUGUAAACAUUUGGUCAGUUGUAGGGCUUGUCAGAUGGCUCAUUACCCAUGCUAAUCCUAGAGAAUUUUUUCUUGCUGUGGAAGAGCUGCCAGGUAUGGUUUUAAUUCCUGGCCUUGAGAAAUAUUUCUGCAAUGUGGUUUAAAUAUAAUUUUGGGAGAAACUGCAUUUUCUCUGAAAUAAUUUUUUCUUUAUUUUUAGUGGACACCUUAUGUUGAUGCAGUAUCAUGUUUCUUUAUAAAGGUUUUAACUUUUUUUUUCUGACUAUUUCAACUCUGCUUCAUGCUCAUUUCUUUCUUACUGAACUAUGCUAUUUAUGAUUUUCUUUUUAGAUAAUCAGAAGGGAUGCAAGUCUAGGAAGGCUCUUCUCACAGAGAGGUGAUGUUACACCUCCCCCUCACACCUUUCUGUUCAGGGACUCCUAAUCAGAGUUUGUUCUCUUUGAAAUGAUUUGUUGUGACUCAAGGGGGUCUGUCUGAAAGCUGUAGGAAACUGGGGCUACUGCAGCAGGUGAUGGGGUUUUUGAAGGGAGAACAUUUUGGGUUGGGUUUUGUUUUGUUUUUAGUGUAUGCACCAAUUCUGGGUGUUCCUGGGGCUAUAGGUUAAGGUCUGUUCAUCACUGGCUAUAUAAAAUUUGAAUGAAAGGUCUGUAGUACUUUAUUGAUUAAUGUAAGCUGUAGGUCAACAGUUAAUGUAGGUCAACAGUUUGAAGUUUUUCCUCAUUUUCAAGGUCAGUAUGUCCUCUUCCCCUGAAGCAGGGCUUGGCAGAAAAGGAGGGCUGGUUGUGGUCGUGGGUUCCAGGGAACAAUGUCAUCAUGGCAUGUAGGAUAAGGGAGCCCUGGCAAUGGACUUUAUUUCUAAUAAGUGAGAGGGAAGCCUGACUAUUGCUUAAAAAUUGACAACACUCUCAACAGUGAUACUUGGAAUGGUGAGAGAGAGUUUUGGAUUAGGGAAUUAUCAAGAAGGGAUAAAGGAUUAGGGUAUCACCUUUAUACUAGGGAAAGAAAUGCUCUUGCCUCUGUUCUAUCCCUGCAUGUGAUACUGGUUGAGGCUACUGAGUUGGGAGCAAGCUGUUGGUAGUGAAUAUAACCAGGCAAUGAACCAAAAGUCUGAUGUGGGUUUUUGUUCUUUAUAUACUUAUUUCACUACACUGAGCUAAGUUCUUAGAUCAUGUCAUUCUUCACAGUUUAAAAUUUGUUAGCAUAUUUCUGGAUGUUCAAAAGAAAUAUCUUAUGAGAGAGAGAUGCAGAAGAAUGAAUCAUCGUGGAGGUUUGACUGUAUUGCAGAAAAGUAACACCCACAACGAGUUCCAGAAGGCAACUUAUCAUAUUUUAAGUGUUUACAAUAUGUGUGUGUGUUUACACACACACAACAUUUGUAUACAUACACACAAGUGAGUGAUUCCUUAUAAUGCAUUUUCACAAAUAUAACAUGUAUACAUUCACAUGUUUAUACACAAGAACAUGUGUUAAAACAUUGCUAACUUAACCAACCUAAGCAAAGUCCCAACACUGGCAUUGAGUACCAGGCUAUGGUUUUAUUCUUCAGGCCACAAAGUGCAGCUGCAUCUGCAGGGGAAAUUCCCUCACCCAAGCAGGUGAGAGCCUGAAAUUGUGCAGCAGAGGAUUGGGGCCAGCACAGUAUUUAACUUUAUCUCCUGCUUGCAGUUGUGGUGAGAGCCUUCUCCCAGGAAAGCCUGGUGACACCACACCUUGGUGCUAAGCUGUCAAAAAGAAGUUGGAUGCAAUCUGCCAAGCCCUAAGAAAAUCAAAGAACCAUUCCUUGUUCUAUGUAAUAUUUACCCCAUGCAGUUGUGGGGCUCUUUUCACAGAUCAGUGUAUAGACUCUGGUUGUAGAUGUAUAAAACUCCACUUACUGUUUUUCCUAGAUAGUCCACAAGAUGGUAGUGCACCAAAGCCAUGUCUCUGUAUAUCAUGCUGCAUAAAAAUUUUAUCUAAAACUCAUAUCAGUUCACUGGCAAUUCAGCACACAAAAAAUAGAUUGUGAGUUCAGCUAGGCUAAGUAAUAUAUUUUGAAAGUAGAUAUGCUGGAAUUUAUCUGAGUAACUCCUAUUAAUGUUUGUCAUGCUGUUAAAUACAUCAACUCAAAAGGCUCUGUGAUCUCUGAGAUGGAUUUCUAGUCUAUGCCUUUGGGAGAAAAGCUUACAGUUAAGAAUUAAGCUUCAGGCACCUGAUGGGACUUUGAGUAUUUACUGCCUAAUUUCACUUUUCUUGCUCUUGCACACUCUGUGUGUCAGAACUUUAUUCAGUAAAUAUUUGUGUUGAUAAUAUUUUUAAUUGAUUUCUGUUAAUGUUCAUAAAAGUAUUAAAUUUCAAAAUAUUCAUCCAAUUCCCUGAUACCAAGAUGGGUAUGGAAGAUUUCAUAGGGAAUAACUUUGCUAAUUUCUGUUGACUGCAGCUUCCACUUGUUGGGGAAACACCAUUGAUCACUCUGUGUGCUUACAACUUGGUUUGUAAGCAUUGUUGUUCUGGGGUGGAAGGAAUGGAUAGAUGUAAGCCCCUCUGCUUUCUCUUGUUCUUCUACACACAGGACUGGUCCUGUGGCUGCUUCAGCUGAUUCUGGCUUUCUCAUGUGAUUCCAGUGAAGUCAGCCAAGAUUUUUCAUGGGUGCUCUGGUUGUCCCGUGCCCAGUUCUGGCUGCUGUAAUUGUGCUGCCCUGGUUUACAGAUCCUCAGUGCAGCUCUCCUGACAGAUCCAUGCAUGUGUCACUGGCUGGUGAUUAUGCUUUAGGCUGUCACUAGAAUAAAGGAGCCAAAUUCUUUUCUUCACAGUCUGUAUCUCUUUGGUCUCGCAGGAAAACAAAGUUUGGUUGUUGAGACUGUUUACAGGUGGAGAAGGAGUCCUGUGAUGCCAGGAAUAUUAGGAGAAUAAUUCCCAAAUAAUUAGAAAUCCAGGUUACAGGUGCUCUCAGACUUGCAGCACUUCUGUCCCUUUUUGGGCCUCCACUAAGGGGCAUUGAAUUCUGUCUAACCUGGAUAUGGAGAGAAGGAAUCCCAUCUUAUUAGAGACUGGAGUUGCUUUCUCCAGCAGCUUUGAUUCAGGGAGAAGCACAGCCGUGGGUGAUGUUGGUGUCAGUGGUCCUUGCUCUCAGCUUCCAGGCUGCCUCCAUUGCUGAGCUGUCAAAUCCAGCUGUCCCGCAGCAGCAGGUCCUACUGAGCCUUGCAAGAGUUCCCCUCUGGGGUGCUCACAGGCACUGCCUCCCUCUCAGCAACUUGCAUUUAUCUCAAUUCCUCCAAGCAGCUGAGCUUGCAGAUGUCCCCUGCAACAAGAGGAGGAUUUGUAUGGGUUGGACAGGGAUAUAUGUGCUGCAGGGAAGCUUUUCCACACCCUUUCUUGGAGCUGCAUGGGAGCAGCAAGAGGGGGGUGUGCUCCACAGGCCAUUCAAUGGCAGCAAGGUUUUAAGUCUUUGGAGUGCUGGAGUUGCAGGUUUGGGGAGAUGAAAUCUUAGUGAUCCCAAAGCCUGUGGACAUGCUGUUGAAAGGAUGUAAUGAUUGCACAUACUUCUAAACCUGCCAGAAUGUUCAUAAUUUUUAGGAAAAAAUCAGGAGAUGGCUGAUGGAUAAUGUAGCUGGUUAAUAAAUACCAGUUUGUCUCUCUAAAUAGGUGAUAGGUGGAUUUAAUGUCAAUUUUGUAGAUCAGGUUAGUGUCAGGUGUCAGAUACUGUGUAAGCUUCCUUACAUUUCUUUUUUGUUGGAUGUUUUUCACUUUGACAAAUCUAUUAAACCAUGUUUGGCUACAGCAUUUGCCUGCCAAGUUUAGUUUUAAAGUAAAAUCAUUUUUUCCAGCAAUUGAAGCAUAAAAUAGUCUUUAAUGAAAAUAGCAACAGACACUUAACUCUAGCCUUUCCAGCCAGAUGUCACAAUAAUGUGAACCAUCAAAGUGAAAAGUCAUUUUUCACAGGUAUCUUAAAAUCAGUAUUGACAGGAGGUAGUUGGUAUGAUGUGUAACUUCACCAUGUCCUUUGUACAGCUUUUUGAAGACUGUGGUAAAACCAGGUUGGUUUUAUAGGGAUUUUUUUUUUUAAUGAGCUUUGCUCCUAAACUGGGUGGCAUUCCUUACUUUUGGUUAAUUUGCAGUGCCAGCUAGAAGCAUUUUGCUCAUGUUGUUGUUCAGAGAGUCUGCCCCUGAGGUAUAUUUUGACAUGCUUGACUCCCUUUGCUGCCUCUUCUUGCAUGGCCCUGACUGUGUGCCUAUGGUUCAUCUGUGCCAGGUAUGACACAACCCUUUGCAGCUCCCAGUGUGAACAGCAUGUCCUAAAAGCAGCGUGAUCCAAAAGGGGAGGAAAUGUUCUGCUUGGGGCCAGGUUUUCAGUGGCUUUGUUGAAAUCCAGUCUCGGCUCUUGCAGUGGUUUUGCAGAAGCAUUCAGUAUGUUCUUGACUGAAGACCUAGUUUUUUGGAGACUUUUGCCUCACUUUUAUUCAUUUAUUCAUUUACUUAUUUCAAGGGGCCCAAUGCUUGCCUUCUGAUUCUAGGAGCUGUAUUUUCAUCUGCAUGGUGAACAGGUGACCUGAAAAUGCAAAUACUCCAUAGGACUGGAGUCAGUCUUUCUCAUUAUCAUAUGCAUAAAACACAGUGGCAGUCACUGGGCUGCCUGCAUUGUCACAUGUGCCUUCUGCAUGGAUUUGUGCUUGUGCUAGAACUUUAUCCCCUGCCAAAAAGAGGAUGAUAAAUGAUGCUUUGGGUUAUUCACAACUUCCUUGAGGAAAUAUUUAAAAUAUGAGUAAAACAUAAAGCUGUUGCUCAUCCAAGUUGGGUGAGUUUGUUUUAAUAAUAAAGCAAGAAACCCAACCAAAUAUAUUGCAUUGAAAUCUGAGCGGGAGAGAACUGGAUUUAUUCAUUUAUUGCUACAGUGCUCUUUUAUGAAAAGAGUUUGAAAUCCCAGUGAUGAAAAGAACUUUAUUUCUUGCUUUGAUGAAGCAAAUAAAUCCUGAAUUGGAUUUAUUAAUUCCAAAUACAGAGCUGAAAUUUGCUGUGUCUUGUGAUCCAUGAUGGUUGAAGUCAGGCUUGUGGGAAGGAUUCAUACUGGAGCAGGCUGAAGUGAAGCACAUGGGUUUAAACAAAUUGGAGUGGAAUUGCAAGGUUCUCUUUUGCCCCUUAGGGAAGACCUAAGGUGUAAUCUCAGCAGUAAUCUCCUCAGUUAUGCUGUUCUAUGUUUUUCUAAUAAUUAGUCUCAGCCCACUUCCGUUUUCACGCUUGUUUUUUGUUGAUUUGGGUUUUUUUAAUUGGUAUUGGUGUCAGGUAGCUUUUGCAAUUAUGAAAAGACAAGUCUCAAACUUGAAGAGAAUGACUGGUCAUUAUGAUAAAGCUGCAGCACCUUACCAUAAGUCUCUGGAAGCAGCUCAGAAUGAGUUUAUGCUGAAUCAUCCAGAAAUCAGAUCCUUGUGAAGCAAGGAGAUGGUUCAUGGAAUAGGGGCCAACAUUUAUCACUUUACCUUUGGAAAUGCUUAAAUUCCCUUUCUUUUAGACGUAUUGUACCCUGCUGCCUCUUUGAGCAGAUCAUUGGGAAAGGCUUUUAAACUUUAAGGUGACUUUCCAUCUGGGUUGUCUUUAACUGAUGGUUUUAACAAUACAGGCAAGUUUCAGCCCCUUACUGGGAUGCUGCCAGACCCCUGGAUGAGGGAAUAUCUUGUUGCUCUUGCCUCUGCCAAGCUGUUACUAGCUCCUGUUACGUCAUUUCCAGAAACUCUAACUCAGUUUUGUCCUGAAAUAAAUGAGCAUUCAUUUGUCUGUUGCUCACCCUUUCUUCUGUAAUGCCAUUUGCAAAUGGCUUUCUUUUCUUGGUGACAUUUCUGGGAACAUGCUUUUGGGCUUGCCCUGCCUUACUUUGUAUCAGUUACUCAGCUAUUGCUUCAUUUGCCUCAGUAGAAUGACUCCUGGUUUGUGCACCCAUGGAGUAAGAUCAGAAUUGUGUCUUUUGUCCAUAAAAGCAUUUGAGGAUUUCCAGUGAUUUCAAAUCCUUUGUGGAGUUUGACUACUAUUGAGAAACACAUUGUACUCUUGGGGAAAAGAUGAAAAUCAGUCAGUUAAAUCAGAAUUGAAUAAAGCAGAUGGAGUGUAAACAUAUAUAACUCUUCUUUCCUGUGAGGCAAACUGGGCAAGAUUGACACCUGUCUUCCUUCAUCUGGUACAUUUCAGCAUUUGAACAGAGCCUUGGUGUUCUGGAUUUCUUUACUUUGUUUAGUAACAACAGUUUAGAACAUGCAGGUUGUUCCUUAAUAUGUCAGCUCACAGCCCAGCAGUAUAAUCAGAAGGGUGGGUAAAUAACACUGGGAAUAGUCUGGAAGAAGACAAAACAAAGUUAUAUUCCUUUGUGGACUCUUGAAUUGAGAAGAGCUUCUGUUUCCGCACUGCCUCAUGGUCCUGCUUACUAAAAGAAUGUAAAAUGAGAAUGGGUCUAAAGAGUAGCAAAAGAAUCACUUCUUGUGUGAGGGGAGAUUAAAUGGAGUAGAUCUGUACAGCUUGAAGAGGAAUGAAUUAAGGGGAGUACGAUAAAGGUGAAUAAAAUUGUGCCUGAUGUGGAGAAAAUGAGCAGGAAUGAAUCACUGGUGGUUUUCUACAGCUUAAAGGAAACAGCAUUUCCAUGUGCAGGGUACAGUUAAGUUGUGGGGCUUUCUGCUGUAUGGGUGUGAAUGCAGAAAGUCUCUGUGCUUCCAGCAGCAGCUCCUGCUUCCAGCCUUAUCACCUGCUUAUCUCUGUGUAGUCACAUCUGUCACUUUGGAGCCACCAGCUGUCAGUUCACUCAACCCUUCACAAACACAGACCCUGAAAGUGCUGCUCAGACACCUGAGCCAAAGCCCUGCAUCAGCUUCAGGCUUCCUUUCCCUGCAGAGUUCUGGAGGCUGCCAUCCCUUGUAGACAAAUGGAGGGUAAAAUAGGAGUACCUGCUUUCUCAUGCCCAUGGUGGUCCUUCUCGAUUUUUCCUGCAAUGGGAUCCUAGAGAAGUUUAUCUUUAUUACCUCUGGUCCUAGUCUUAGACCUGCCAGGUGCAACAAGUAUACUCAGGUUUGUCUUUUCUGGCUUCCUGUUCUUCAACCCUGCUCUUGCUGGAUUCUCUCCAGUAAAGCCAAAAUCCCACCCCAGCCUCAAACCUGAGCUUUUUUUUUGCCUUUAUUGUAGCUUAUACACUUCAGGUUAAAUAGAAAUGGUAAUUUCUACUUCAAAGGUAAUUUUCAGAGAGGCAAAAUUCUGUUUCAAGUCCCUGAACAUAGUGUGGUCUCUUGGCCAGGCCUUUCAGAAGGGAAGAACACACUAGGUACAGGCAUGGAGAUGGAAUUUAAACCAUGUGAACUUGGCUCCUAUUUCCUCUCUUGGAAAGGAAUUUUGGACAAAAGUGCUAUCUAGCUAUUUCUUGCUCUCCCUUGAUUUAAGGGUCUAGUUUAUGCACAAAGAGCCCAGGCUUCAAAAUUUGCUGCUCAUCAAAACCAUUUGUUGUGAAAAUGAUAUAAUUCAGCUAAUUUCUUUUUUUUUUUUUUGUGAUGUUGAUAAUGUUAAUUGUCCAAAUUUUUAAAUUGUUCUCUGAAACCCCAAUUCUUUUGGUCGCCAGAUUUUUACAUAAGGUUAUAAAAACUGUCCAGAGAAGCAUGGCUUUGGGAAAUGUGUUUUUCCCUAGCAAAUUAUUUUUAAUGCUAAGAAAUAUGAAAGAAACAGAUGUAUUUUGGUGCUUUGGAAAUGAAAGUUCUGGAGAAUUUUAGGUUUAUGCUGCUGGGUCAGAUUGCUGUAGUAAAAAACUGUGUCCUCCUCUAUAGUUUUAAAACCAAAACCAUCUAAGUACAAUAAUCUGAUCAAUACACUUGGGUGCUACUCACCACACCUGAGUCUAUGAGUCUGAUGUUUUCCUCAGCAGACUUGAUAACAAAGGUGAAGAACAUUUUUGAUUUGUGCUUGGAGCUUAAAAAAGGAAAAAAAAAAAUAUAUAUAUGGGUUUUUUUUUGGUAACUACAAGUUGUAAUUGAAACUUCUUAAAAUGGUUUUGAUGUGUCAAACCAUCACAUAAAAAGCAUCACAAUAAUGACACAGAAAUCUAUUAUUAUUUUCCUCUUGUGGGUCUGACAGGCAGAGAUGUCUUACCAGUUCUGGUUGAUAAAUCCUUGCUUCAUUUAACUUAAUUUGUUGCACUUUUUGCUUCGCCUGUGUACUUUAGGCAGUAAUUAUCUCUGUUUCCACAGCUUCCAUUUGGAGAGCAGUAGAACAUGGAGGUAGUACCCUUUGUAGGUAGACUUAAUUUUUCUUAUCAGGUUCUUUGUAUUAUCUGGUAAUAUUGACUGUAUCAGUAAAUUGGGUUUUUCCUGUACAAGACAGAUUGUACUAUUCUGAAUCUCCAUAGGUUUUGACUUCAAAAUCCCCUUUGGGCCUUUGCAUUUUUAUCAUGAUGUAAGUUUUUUUGAUUUUUAAAAGCCUCAAGUACUAGAAGUUGUCCCACUGAGAGAAUAAAGAUCUGUCCAAAAGUCUGCCAACUGAAGGAGAACAUUGAGGGCUUCAGCCUUACUCACUGUGAUCUUUUCUAGAUGCCUUGAAUUUACCCAAGCACGAAAUUGAAAAUUAUCUUCCUGUUUACCUAUUACUGGGCUAAUUAAUUUUAAGUAAAAUUUUAAAAGUGCAGGGAUCUGUUAUUCCACAAACUGUCUCCGAUGUUGCUGUCACUGUGCUUUGUGGUGGGGUGAUAUUGAAGUACAGAGAAAAGCUUGUUCUUCCUACCUUUUACAACAAAAUACCUACAAUUUGCUGCAGUGCUUCUGCUCUUCAGUUAGUGUGUGUGUGUGCAAUUUAACUCUAGUUUCCUGAGGAAAUGUGAGACUGUGCAAUCAUAAAAGACAUUGUCAGAGCCACAGGGAAUGUGUCAGAGGACGUGACGCUGUGAUGGUUCAUGAUGCGGGCAAGGACCAGGGAAGGGCUGGAAGGGGCUGGCAGGGACCUGUGGCAGGAGCCUGAAAGGAACAGUGGGGACCUAAAGCUGGUGUGCAGUGAGUGCUCUGGAGACACAUCACCCACAGGGAUAUGGAAAAUCAGACUUUAUCAGCUCUGCUUGUCAGGGAGCAGCUUGUUUAAAUUGGAGACUUUAUGUGGGAUUUUGGACAGUUUACCAGUGGUACAGGCGGAAAAAAUUCACGUGCACAUCAGACUGAGUGUGCCACUCAUGGUGCAAUGGUUUAUUUUUUCUUAGGAAUAAAAGGGUGUCCUUCAGAGAGAUUUCUAUUCAUAUCUUUCGUGUCCUGGCAGGACAGCCCCUACUCCAGGCAGCACGACAACAAACUGCCAGAGAGCUUUUCUUUUUUCCCGUGUACAGCAGUAGCCAGGCUUUGUCAGGGAGGUCAGGCUGUCCCAGAGCUGGCUCCAGCAGCAUUCCAGGAACUGGCACACACUGGUGCUGUGGCAGCUGUUCUGCACUGAGGCUGGGCUGCUGAGACCUCAUGUGCUGUAAAAACUAAAAAGGAUAGACACAUUUUGUAAAAUUUUGGAGGGUGACACUAUGUGUCUGGUGCUUAAAACAGGUGGGAAUGAGACUGGAGGAGUCUGUAGGGUGGAAAUCCAGCUGGAAGCAGUCCACAGCCAUUCCUGACACUAGUUUGUACUGAUGAUAAAUCUUGGCUGGCACUUUUAAGUUGUUGCAAGUGCUUCUCUUUCCCUUGACCUAUCCUUGUGUGUGAACCCAGUCAGUUCACUGCAAAAUGCAUUAAUAUCUUACUAAGAAAGGUGCUUCAGUUCUGUGGGUGGGCUGUUGUAAUACCCGUGUCAUGGGGCAGAAGUUUCUGCCCUUUCCAGAAGAGGGAAUGACAGCUCACACAGAGCACACUGCAGUGAGGGUGCUCUUCCUGCCUGUCCAUCAGGAAUGGAAAUCUCUCAUCUGAUGCCCUUUUUUGUACCUUGGCUUUCUCCAUGGGUGUUGUUGGUAGAACACUGAUGAAUGUUCCCUUCCUUUUUACCCAACUUUACAUGCUUAACCAGACCUGUGGCUGGUGCUAAUUUUCACUGCUUUGUUAACUCAGGGAAAACAGUUAUAACUAUGCUUAAAAACAGAUGGCACCAGGCCUCCAGUAGAAGAGGAGGGAAGGGGAAGUGGUGGCAAAAGGCAUGUUUUGUGCCCUGGUCUCAGUGCAAAAUAGACUGUAACCUGCUACUUUUGUGAAGCAGAAAUUAAAUGGAGAACAUAAAAUUGCAUCUCAAUUUUUAUUCUAUUUAUCAGGUCAAUACUGCUAGUUUUUAUUACUGCUGAUAACUCUGCUAUUUGUUUUGCAUUGAUGGCAGAAGGGGAGAUGUCUUCAUAACAAUAGGGAUUCCUGUCUGUGCUAGUCUGUCUGCAAAUCUAUAGGUUUCGUGGCUUGAAAGCAAAUAGAAAAUAACAAGAUUACACCCUGCCUGCAUUAGCAGCCCAGGGUUGGAGCUGUACAGUAGGGUUUUCUUCAGGUGCAAAGAGGGAGUGUGUGCCUUGUUGUGGGUGUGAGAGUACCAGCAGCAUUUUGGAUCUUUGAGUGCACUGGUGAGAUCAUGGUUAUCAUAAAGGCUGUUAUCAUGAUGAGACAAUUAUUCAGCCUACGCAGUGGGAGCCUGUGAGAACUGGCUGAUUCUGAUUAGUGCUUUUUUUUUUUUUUCUCUGAAUAGUAUGUAAGUUUUUCAUUUGCUAUUCAGAAACGCAGUUCUUGUGAUGCAGUCCAAAAUUUGAUUUUCAUUGUCACUGUGUCUGUAGCCUCUGCCAAACUACACAGCUACUCAAACUGCAUUUGUACUGGAUUGUGGCCUCUAUAACUUGAAUAUUUGUUAGUCUGUCUUUAUACAGUCUGUGACUACCCUUCAGAAUAUACACUGUAACUUUAGAAAGCAGCUCUAGGCCUAAAAAUAAAUACUUUAAAUUUUUUUGCUGCUUUUAUAAGCUAUGUGAUAUAUGUUCAGAAUAGAUGCAUUAUCAAUUACUCUGAUUUCUCUAAAUAGCUGUAAUUUUAUGAAGUGGUUUUGCAAGUUAAUGCCAAAAAUGUGGCAAUUUCUCAAAAGAGUCCAUAUAAAGUCUUGAUUUUGUGUGUGCUGUAAAACGGGGCAUCUUAAUGUGUAAGGAAAAAAUGGUGCCUAGGACUCCUAGGAUUAUCAAAUGCUUUGGAUGGGGCUGGAAUGGACCUUAAAGAUCAUCUUGCUCUGGCCCUUUUCAUGGCAGGCACUGAUAUGAGGCUGGUGGGUUCCUUGUAGUUCCCUGGGUCUUCCUUUUGAAAAAUGGGGGUUCUGCUUCCCUUUUUCCAGUCAGUGGAAGCUUUACCAGCCCAUCACAAGUUCUUGAAUAUGCUGGAUAAUGCCUUAGGAAACUGAGCUGCCAGUUCCCUCAGGACCUGCAGUCGCAUCUCACCAGGUCCCGUGGAGUUGUGCUCCUUCAGGUUCCUCUGAUGGUCCAGACGAGGUCUUCUCCUGCAGGGGCAGCCCCUCAUUCUCCCAGUCCCUGCCUCUGCCUCCUGGGACUUGUGCAGUGCAGCUGGAGCAUUUGCUGGUGAAGGCUGAGGCAAAACCUUGUUGAGUACCUCAGUCUUCUCCAUGCCCUGGGUAACCUGGUUUCCUGUUUCCUUCCAGAGAAGGCCCACAUUUUCCUAAAUCUUCCUUUCAUCACCAACAUACCUAUGGAGGCUUUUCCUGUUGCACUUGAUGUUCCUGGCCAGGCUUAAUUCUAUCAGGCCUUUACAUUUCCUAACUUGAUCCCUGGCUGCUUGGACAAUUUCUCUGUAUCCUUCCUAGGCCACAGAGAACAAUUUCUCUGUAUCCUUCCAGUCCUUGCUUCCAUCCUAUCUAGAUUUCGUUUUUAUGUUUGAGUUAAUCCAGGAACUCCUUGUUCAUCCACUCAGACCUGCUGGUGUUUUUACCUGGCUUCCUCUUGUUGGAUGCAUGGCUUCUGUGCUUGGAGGAGGUGAUCCUUGAAUAUCAACCAGCUUUCCUGGGUCCUUUUUCCCUCUGGAGGCUUUGUCCCACAGUGCUCUACCAGGCAGAUCCCUGAAGAGGCCAAAGCCUCUUCUCCAAAGCUUGCUGUGCUCAUCCUCACUGGCCUAAAGAUCUUCAAGUGCAUUUUCUUUAGAGUUCAUUUAUGUGCCUGUAAUUUAGAGCAGACUUCUCAGUCUACUCUGUGGUUCUAUAUGGUUUAAUUUAAUUAAUUCCUCUUUACUUUUAGACUUAUGGAAUAAAAGUAGAUUUUUAAAAUUCUAUUUUUGAUACGUAGAGAAACACCUUUUUAAGACUUUCAAACUGGCCAGAAUAUUUCAAACCCAUCACUGUUCUCCUUUGAUUUGGAUCUUCAUUUGGAACUCUGUUUCUGAUAAUGUAAAGCAGCUAAUGGUCAUAGAUUUUUACAUUAAGAAAAUAUAUUUCUAACUGCCAACCUUACUAAAGUAUACAGCACUGAAAUCAAUAAAAUAGUUUUGUUCUGUCUCAGUGAGGCUGAAUUAAGAACAGACUUUUGGAAGCUGGGAUAGCUCUUGGUACAGUGCUCAUAGGAUGGUCACAAGCAGCACACAUGUAAGAAUGACCAAGUGGAUCCUAAUAUGUGUUUUACAAAGGAGAGUUAUAAAGUUUCCAUUCUGGUCCCUUACGUGCUGUUUCAGGGUUCCCUUAGUGUAAAAAAAAUCUCAUAGUAUCUCACCCAAAUGUGGUUGCUGCAAUUGAAACUUUCUACUCCUACUACUCUCCAUAGUAAUGGUGGAGAACAGACAAUUUUCUUCUGCUUUUUGUCAGGUUUUGAUGGACUUGAGGACUGUUGCCAUGUUCCAUCAGCUAUCUUUUCUUCAGGAAAAAAGAGGAUGUGUUUUACAGACUUCUGAUUGCUCUUGUUCUUUCCCAAAUAUUCAUAUCUUCCUGGCAGCAGGAUGGCAGAAGUCAGUCACAGUAUACCUGUGGCUUUGCAAAUACUAAAUGGGAGAGAAAGGUGAUUUCACUGUGCAGCCUGUCCCUUCUGCACUCUACUCUGCUGCUUGUCUGUUAUCCUGUGUUGAACCUGUGAGGUUUUAUACCCUGCAGACAAUGCUGAAGAACAGUCCUUACUUGUCUAGCCUGUGGAGGAAAAAAAAAACCAACCAAAAACCAACCUUCCUUAUUUUCAUUGAAAUUCAUCUGUUUUGGUUGGGUUCUUUACCCCCACACCGUUCCUCUGGUCUUACUUAUCAUUUUGGUCUAAAGUUUCACUCUUUGACAUGCACGUGCUUCUUGUAGUUUCACGUUUGCAUCGGUAAUAAACUUUUCUAAUUGCCCAAAUCAUUAAUAAAACAUUGGAGAGAAGCAAAUGCAGGACAGACUCUUGCAGAACAUCCAUCCUUUUUGACAAUGAAUGUUAAUACCUUGUUCCUGAGUUCAAUCACCAGAUCCUUCUUGGAUUAAUCUAACAAUCUUUUCAUCAACACCAUGUUCCUUGCCUUGCUUUUGAGAAUGUCAGGUACAAGUAUUGCUCUUCUCCAGUCUCCAAUGCCUGUCACCUUUACAUGAAAUAAAAUUAAUUUAAUUUUAUACAGUUUCCUCUUGACAAAUCCAGAUUGAUUGCAGUUCCUCCCAAUAACUUCCAGAUGGUGACAGAUUCAGACACAGGAGAUCUCUAAGACUGGAAGUUCGACCAGACCAGUGUACAAUUUUAUUAUCUCCUCUUUUUUUGAGUUUUCUUUCCCCACUCUGUUCUUUCAAGUUUAGUACUAAUUUGGUCUUCAACAGUGUUUUGCUAUCCUGCCUGUUUUCCAGGAAGUCUCAAAAAAAAAACCCAAAACCAAACCCAGAACAUCAAAAAACUGUAGUGGUUGGAAUUUUAUGUUAAGCCUAUAUAAUUCCCAUGUCCUAGCAUGAACUGCAUGGAGUUAUUGUUGUGUACCUUUGUUGUUAGUACUCAUUUUAGACCUCUUGGAGCUGUUCUGGCAACAGUCCUUUUAUGUUUUCUUCUGAUCUGCUUUGUGAAGUAUUGAUUAUUUAAAGUUUAGGUCCGUUAAACAUUUUAGCCAGAAUUUAUUCUAUCUUUAAAAAGGGAACAAAGCCUUUAUCCCUGAACAGAAUUUCCAUGCAACAUUCCUCCUUCUCAGCCCCUCCCCAAACUGAUUUAAAACAAAACAAAUCACAGAAACAGAAAAUUUAAAGAUUCUAAAAAAUUGAAAAAGAGUAGUUUUUAAUGUUGGUUUGCCUCCAAUCAUCUGAGUUUGCCUGAUCUGGAGGGGAAAAGGAAAAGCCAAGAGGGCUGUGAGGGGAGAGAGGCAAAUGAGCAGGGUUCAGUGCUGGCUGCUAUUUGUCUUUGCUCAGAGUGUAUGGAUAUGCAAGUCCAAAGCUAUUUAUUACUAACCACAGAUUCAGGGAAGCAUUCAGGGUUGUUUUCUGAAGAAGAGCAAUUUCAGAGUUAAAGCAAUAAAUUCUUCCCAUCUCCAGCUGACAACUUUUUCCUAGAAAUUUAGUGCCUGAAAUAGGACACAGUGUUCCAGAUGAGACCUGAGCAGAGCUGUGGAGGAGAGAGAGAUUUCUUUCCUGUGUCUUCCAGGCUGUUACUUUUGUGUUUACAUCCCCAGUGCCUAAACUUGUGUUGAUGUAUGUUGUUUGCCAUGCCAUACAAACAAAACAGCUCCCCUCCAACUUCAUCCUCUGCUGUUUGCAGUCACUCCCUCUAAAGCAGGAGGGCUACAUUCCCUCCCACCCCUGUGUAGUGUGUGUUCAGCUCACAGGCAGAUCUGGGCAGGAAUUGCCACAUUCUGUUGUUCUGAAUAGGGCACUAACAUUACCUGGGCUUUCAGGCAUCCCAUCAAUGCUCCUUUUCUGUGAUAAUUAUAAUUGUUAUACAGCUAAGUGGGUUUUUUCUUAUGCCCACUUGCUCUUGCUAGGCCAAGAAAGAGCUUGGCCUCCUAUGAAUAUUAAUAGCUUUAUGUGAAAUUUAUGAAGAAACAAAAUUUCUGACUUUAUUUAGUGGCAGUGAUUUUUAUUUAAUUUUUUAAAUAAAUUUUUCAUAGUUACCCUUCUUGCUCCAAGGGCUUCUUACAGCAGGAUUUUAGUAUCAAAGUACUAAUAGCUGGACUUUGUUGUUUUGUUUGGGGUUUUUAGGUUUUGGUUGGGUUUUUGUGGGUUUUUUUGUUUUUUUGUGGUUUUUUUGAGGUAAAAUAUACAUCUCUGUUAAGUACCCUGAGGGGGGUUUUAUAAUACUGGUUGUUAUUUUAAAGAAACUGAGAAUUUUCACAUAGAUUUCCUUCAAGCAUAACCUUGUAGAUUUUAUGACUGGCAUAUGAAUUUACUUGAGAGAAAGUGAGAAAAAUGUCAUCUGAAAAACUUGCAUUUGAUACCUUUCUGCCUCUUGUUACUGAUUGCUAAUGAUUCUGCUUUUUUGCAUUUUUUCCCCCCAUAAAAGUCAACUUACUGCUGCAUGGAGCGUGCAGAACACUUAAAGCACUAAAAUCUCACUCAGGCAGCAUGUUGAGAUUUUAAUGAUUCCAUGACUUAAUUAUGGAGACAGUCCUUUGGGAAUGAGGCAAAGAUGGUCAUUUCAACAUAGGAAAAGGAAUAAUGAAUAAUUAAAGAAUCUAAUUAAAUGAGUUUCUUAUGCUGGAGUGGGUGGGAGGUUUCUUUUUUGCUUUUAUAUUUUCAUUUCAAAUGCUUCCUAAAAGGUUAAGAAAUUGUGUGUAUACUGGGCAGGGGCUAGUGCCUUCACUGAAAAUUCUGCACUCAGUUUGGCUAAAGUGGCAAGUCUGCAAUGCAAGUCAGAGUGAGUAAAUAUGUCCUUGCUGAGGGAGCCUUGGUCCAGCACAAAAUGUGGCAGUGAUCAGGGAGAAGCUGCAGCUCUCCUCCUUGGCUUGUGUGUACCUGUUUUCCUUGUCUUGGGAAUAUUGCUUGCUAGUUGUAGAUUUUUUUGUGCAUCCAAGUAGUGCAGGGAAAUUUAAAAGGAAAAAAAAACAAAACACCAACCCUACAAACAAGCCAAAGACCCUUUUUUCUUCCUUUCUUAUAAUUUCUGUGCUUUUGCACCACAGAAGUUCAACAAAAAAGUUAUACAGCUGGAAGUCUUGGGGCAAGUGGGAAAUGCUGGCAGCUUCAAAGAGCCUUUCCUGCGACCUUUGCAGAUGGGUCCUUUGUUACACUUGCUCAGCAACUUUUUAUUUCAAAAUAAAACAAGUAAGCUGCUCGUAAUGUGCAGAGCUUGACAACAGGAAAAUAUGCGGGCACUGGGUCACUCAGUGCACUCCCUACUGUUGGCAGUGGGUGGGGGGAAUAACCCGUUUCAGAAGGUGAUGAAGUGCUGCCUUUGUCCAAAGUUAAAAGUGCUUUUCCUUUUGGGGCUGUGUCGUGGUAGGGAAGGUUAAAUGAUAUUUUCAUGAUCGCAGUAUCUUGCUAAAGCAGAGAGGCCCCCUACCCUGGAUACACAUUGUGCAGUCAUUUAUGGAAAAGCUCACUUGCCUUCUAGCCUAAAGUAUAUAGUUCUGACUCAAACAUAACAGAAAUCAAAGAAUACUAAUUAAAGGGUACUGGGAAAUUAUCUACUAACUACAGCAAAGGUGUUGCAUCUAUUUGUGACUGAUGCCAUCCCCCUCUGUUUGCUAGCUUCAUUUGCCGAAGCACAUUCCCUUCCUGGCACCUUUGCAGGUGCUGCAGUGGUUUUUAAUAAAAGCUUUUUGUGCAGCUUUUAUUAUCAUGAGACUGCUACUGCUCCAAAAAAGAGACAGCAGGCGGGGGGACUUGAUGCUGAGAAACUUGAAAUACCACAAAGACAUUUUCUGCUGCUGUUUUGGGUUAUUUUUAAACCACUCUGAGACAGGGAGUUUUCCAUCUGAGAUGAGCAGGGAAUAAUUCAUCUUGUGUCUGUUUGGGGACUGGAUGACCUGGCAGAGGAGCUUCUGAGAGCCGCCUCCUUGAUACCUGCUCUCCUUAUAUUGGAGGAAACCCCAGCUCGGGCUCAGUGUUCGCUGGAUGUGUGAGCAGAUUGCUUUCAUGUGUUGGAGCAGAAGUUAACAGAUGCAGCAGUGAUUAAUUGACCACUCAGGGUGAAGUUUGUAGCUGAAUCAUAAAAUCCUGAUGAAUGGCAUUUUGUGUUUCUUUUUUUGGAGCUCACCAGGAUGGGAUUGAUCCUCCUAUCAUAUCACAGUGUUCAAGUUCUGCGUGUGGGAGUGCAAAACUGAUAGCAAACCUGCUUUUGCACUUAUUCCUAUAUAUACAGGGGUAGCUUUUCCUGUCUCUGUUGGUGUCAUUUGCAGACACAUCUAACUAAAUUUCCAGAUCAAAACUCAGUUUGGUUCCCUGUAGCACCAUUCCACUGACCUCCUGGUCACCCUGCUGUGGCUUGCAGUACCUAGGAGAUCAUGGUGAACUGGGCAGAGAGAAAUGUUGAAAGUAGGAGGUUAAUACUCUGAAGUUAAUAUUCUGAAAAUACAGUUUCAGAACACCAUUGAGUAGUUCCAAGUGAGGAUUGAAAAUUAUGUCACUGUGACCUAGUGUCAGUUUGGGCUAUAAGUUCUGCCCCUUAAGAUGUGUGAAACCAGCUUAAUGCCAUUUCCUAGUGAUCUCUGUCAGCCUCCCUAAAACACUGACACUCUGCAUGAGAGUUUCAGUCCAGGCUGUAGUGUGGUGUUUGAAUUGCAGGGAAAAAAGGUAGAGAAAUGAUUUUUUAAGAGUGCGUGCUUGUUGCACUUUCACUGGUUCCCUAUAAAUAUAGGGUUUUAGCAAUAUUAUUCUUGGCAGAGGACAAAUGGGAAGAAAGUUUUUGGUGUGUUUGCUCUGCAACCAUUUAGAGGUUUAUAUAUAAUGUACAAAACUCUUACCAGUGUUUCUUGCAUUGGAUAAAUUUCCUGGGCUGCUCAGCAGUUCCAUCCACCAACCCCCACAAAAUCCGUCUUGCAAUUAGUGUGCCUCUAUAAAUAAGAUACAUCAGUACCUUUUCCUUAGUUGGUCGUGAGUCAGAGAUGAAACUCUUUACACCAUCUUCGCAGAAGAGUUACUAUUCAUUUGUCACUGUGAGCUCCCUUCCUCGGUGUAGGCCUCAAACAAAAUCACCCAGUUUUGAAGGUCAGGGUUGGUGAUCUCCAGUCCUGGGUGCUCUUCAGUCUGAAGUCCUUUCUCCUCUGCUGGUGCAUGAGCACCUUCUUCCCCUCUCCCAAUUUGUUUAUAGGAGGAUUCAUCAUGCUUGCAUGGUGGUCUGGGACAGCUGAAGAUUUAUUUUCCCAUUUCCCCUGCCCCGAACCCAUGGGCUGAGGGAGCCUUGAGUCAGCUUUUGAGCUGUCCAGUUUUACCAUGCAAGUCUUCAGGGCAAGCAAGUACCUGUAGUAGUUUUCUUUAAAAGUCAUGCCUCCAGCCUGAAGUUAAAAUUCACAAACUUGUCAGCCAUCCUCAUACUCCAAGUAAGCUGGACCACAGGAGGUGUAAUUUCAUCAGUUUUGCCAAAAUGUGUCAUCCUUGCACAGAGAAAUAGUAAUUUUGCACUUCAUUCUACGAGCUUAGAAGAGGGUGCUGCUUUGAUCUUGUUUCAGUUCAGAAGGCAGGUGAUGUGUCUGGGGAGGGCUUAGUGAAAAGCAUAUUCCAUUAUUGUUUUCUGUGUGGGUGUUUUGGGGUGGUUUUUUGAGGGGUUUUGGGGUGGUUUGGUUUAGUUUUGGGUUUUUUUAUGGUUUGUUUGGCUGUGGGUUUUUGUUUGUUUGCUUGUUUUUGUUUUACAAUUGUUACAAUUUCUAGUUAAAUUUCCAGUAGGAAAUUUAAGAAGGGUCAUUUAAGAAGUACUAAGCCUCUGGCCUUUAUCACUGCAUCCCUGAAUUAGUUUCAUUUCCAAAGCAUUUUUAAGCUCUUGUGCCCUAAAGAAGUCAAAUAAGAAACAGAACAUAAUUCAGUACCAUUCCAAAUUUUUAUACUGUAAAUUCAAAGGAAGUAAGGGGUUAGCACUGUAAACAUGGUGUACAAAAUGCAAUUUAAGUAUUUUCCUGAUUUUUAGUGUAGUGCAUACAUCCCUUUCUGACUGUCAAGUUUCCUCUUUUUUAUUUGGGAUUGGUAUUGUCAAAAUAGAAUUCUGCUAGAAGAAGCAGGUGGUGGGAGAAACUCAAUGCAACACAAAAGAGCCAAACAAGCUUUAGCCUUUCUUCUUUUCCAUUCAUUUGCUGCUUAAUGACCUUGAUCUUCUGCAUGUUUGGAGACGGGUCCGUCCUACCCUGGACAUCGAAUGUGAGAAAAGGAGCUAAAAAGUAUAACUAGAUGCUAAAUAAGCUUUUAGUCUUGUUUGGUUUUGUUUGUUUGAUUUGGAGACACAAGGCCUGCUAGUCUAACUAAUGAGCAGAUGAAUCAAAAGACUCAUGAGAAUGGGUUAACCAUAAAAAACUUUUUCACAAUUUUUUUAAUAUCUUUUGCCUAGUCUUCUCACCAAAUGUUACUUUCAUUAAUUGUUUUGGUUUUUUGUUUGUUUGUUUGUUUUUUAUUUCUAGUAGGUCUUGUUCUUCUUUUGUUUUUCUCAUUUCCAUUGCUUUGCAUUGAUUACUCAACGUAAUCCAAAACAGGGCAAUAGUGGCAUUUGUUCUGUACCAGAAAACUCAGAAAUUAGGAAUAUAAGAGUAGCCUAAUAAGAAUUGGGUUUACUUCUCUCCAUGUGUUUUCCUUUCCUUUGCUCUCUGCUAUUUCUAGUCCACCUAUAAUGCUCUUUUCAUCUUUGGGGAAAUGUAACAUACUUUGUUUGCUGGUAGAAGCUGUCAGAGUGACCACCUAGCAUUGUGUGUGAUUAGAAGCCUUUUUGGAUCCAUAGUGAUCUGAGGAGUGUGAAUGUUGAAUGUUUCUGUGGUGUUCCAUCUUACCUAAAACCCCUAAGAUUUUCAUAAAUCUGUUUUUUGGCAUUUUCUCAGUAAGCUAAUCUUUUCAUAAGUGUCUCAUCUUUUUUUUUUUUUUUUCCUUAGUGCUGUCUAACUUGUUUUUAAAAAACUGUAAAAAUGAUAGUGCUAUCUUCACUCUAUAAGCUGCUGACCAAUUAAUGAAUUUACACAAGUAAUUAGAUUGUGAACACCUUUUCCUCCUAUAAUUUUUUGUGGUUUUUUUUUUCCAAAUCCAUCUCAAUGUUAUAUGCCAAUGCUGUUUUGCAGUCUCUUCAAUCUAGUUUUAGCAGUGGGACUAGCAUCUUAAACUAAACCAAAUGGCACACUUUCCAGUUGAUAAAAUCACUUCCUGACAUUAUUUUGUGACUUUGUGAGUAGAUGAAGCUAAGUAGACAUUAUCCUUGUGCUAACAGAAAGUGUAAAUUUCCCAUUGUUCAAGUAAGAUACAGUUUAUCAUUCUUUAUCAGGACCCUAUGGAUUGUGCUGAAACACUCAUUGGCAUUUCAUUAACUCUGUAAUUAAGGGUGAAAUCAAAUAGCUUAAUUAUUUUACUGAAGUCUGAAAAGAAGCACUUAAUGAAGAUUUCCAGUACCCAAUUCCCUUGAAGUGAGUUAUGACACAUCUGGCAUGAAAACCUUCACACUUCACCCAGCUUUCAUCUGGCAGUGCCCUGUUACCUUCCAGUGAAUGGUGCCACUUCACCAUUUCCCCAAAAGCAGGAGUUGUACAUACACAGUUGCUUUUCCACAGGAGUCUGAGUCUUUUGCUCACACUUUUCUUGUAACCUCCUUUCUGUUGGAGGCUAUCCCAGCCUACAAGUUAUAAGGGAUCUUUCUUUUCUUAUGUUGAUUUUUUUUAAUCAUAGCUAAAAGAUAAUUUCUCAGAACCAUAGCUUGAAAAGGCAUUUUUCUCUUUCUGAAAUCUAAUUCUGGAGGAGUUUGGACUCUGUAGUUCAAGCAGGGAUUGUAAUCCACAUAAUAAAAACAUCUGCAUGUUAUGUCCAAUUGAUUAAUUAGCUGAAAAGAUCCUUGGGAUGAAGCAGUCUUGGCUGACAGAUAAAAUCCUCCAAUUUAUGCAUAUCUCAAGGGAUUGGGUGAGUUCACUUAUUAUCCUCAUUUCUUAGCAUUUUUUUCUCAUUAAUAAAAGCUUGGGCUGCUUUCUACCUGCAUAGAACUCAACCUGUGCGUAGGGUGGCACUUGGGCAUUGAAGUUGGAUGUGUGCAUGUUGUUCUCUGUGCCAGCAUUUUUAAAAGUGUGCUUCAAGUAUUUUAAACACCUAACACUUGAUAAUGCAUUAUUUGUAUUUUCAUUUAAUGAGGUUAUUUAGGCAUAAAUUACAGGCUUGUAUGGUUAAAAGGCUUAUAGGACGUCACAGGAUUAGCCAGCAAGCGGUGAAUGACAGCAGCAUUCACUUCAGCUGUGGCUCAAAUAAAGUUGGUUUCCUAAGGCAAAGACUCAUGAGUCUUUCAAAUCCAGAUGGAAAUAUGCUGGGAAUAAGAGGGAUCCAACUCUAUUGAAUUUUGUUGAAACCACUUUCAGUUCUGGUUCUGCUGUAUUUUCUAAGCACUUCCAUGCUAAUAACUGCAUCCUGUCAGACAGGGGAACUAAUGUCAACUUUAUUUUACAAAGAUCUGAACUUUCAAGAGGAUAACUGCCAAGGUCAUGCAGGCAGCUUGUAGGCUAGAAAUUAAACUUUUGUGUGCCUUUUCUUUGCCUUUUUUAUUUUUUUGAUAGGGACAAUGCAGGCUUCCAUUUUCCACCAAAUCUUGAGAUCACUGUCGUUGUUGAUGUACUUUCUUCAGCCCCCAUGAAUCAGCAGCCUGGCCAGCUCCUCUCUCUGGUAGGGCUCUGGUAGUGCCAGAGCAGAGUCCCCUCACUGCUGCCCUGGGCUUCCUUGAAGAGCUGGGCCAAAUCCAAAAUCCAGGUGCCUGCCUGAGCGUGGCUUUUGACAGCUUGCAGUGGUGCCCUGCAGUUCAAAGCAUGCUCUGGGCAUCCUUGGGGUGUACUCUUUGUAUCUUUAGGGACGUGUUUAUUCAGGUCUCUAUAGAACAUAGAGAAGUGGGAGUUGACUGCUUCUGGUUCCAAUCUAGGCAUUGCCCAAGUGCAGCUUUCCUCUUCCCACAGCUUUCCAAAGGCAGCAUUUUGGGAGGCUUCAGAAGUCUUUCAGUGGUGGAGGGGGAGUGUGGAGAGUCACAUGGUGGUGUGUCGCUACAGGAGCUUUGCAUGCACACAGAAAACCUGGUUUUACUGCACCAGGAAGAAAAAUCCCUAAGGUCACACAGCUGUGGCCUCCAUCCUGGAGCAUUUCUUAAGAAUCACUCCAAAAUAAACAACUUUUUAAACCUGGUUUGUUGGCUUGUGAACAGGAGACAAACAGUGCACUGUGUGCUGCCCUUUGGACAACAUAUGAUGUGUUCAAAGUAGUUUCUGUUUUGGAGACUUAAAAGAUUAUUUUUCUUUUAGCCAUGUUAUGUGAAAACUAAAGCAUGGGGCUUGCUGGGCCUCAGCAACCAGAAUUCAAGAAAUGUCUUUCAAGUUCGGGGGAAGAAUAUUCACAAAUGUGUGAGACAUCUUGGGAUUUUAUGCUGCCCUGAGAAGAUUCAGCGUGAUUUGGCUAAUUGCUCUUCAAAUUUAAAUUUAACUUAAUUUUUACAAAAGAUUCUGUUUUUUUCUUUCUGGAAAGAAAUGCUAAUACCAUCUAAAAUACACUGGUUUUGCUCAGAGAGACUUUUAGGUUUUAUCUGAAAGAAAUCAGACUCCUUUAAAACACUGAUCUUCAUUACAGUGAAGCAUGCUGCUAGGAAUACUGGGAAAGGUUAAAAACAGCAGUCUUGAGGCAAACUGCUGAUUGUUCAUAUUUGUGCAGAAAAAAAUAUGGUUCCUUAUUUACUAGAUGCUUGCUCUGUGUUCAUCCUAGUAAAAGAUCCUCCUGCAGGCCUUAAUACUGCUGCUAUUUUACCUCCCCUAAUGAAUAUUCAAAAGCUGCAGUCAUUGAGGACUCAGGUGGCAAAAAUAGUAAGAUGAUUGAAGCAAGCCUUGACAUAAAAGCCUAAAAGUACAUUUCCAACUACAUGGAAAUAAUGCCGAUUUCCCUUUCUGACCACGUAAAUGAACAGUGCCAGAAAAUCUCCCAUGAAUUAAAUGCCUGUUUCACACACCAGUGUGAUUGCAUCUUUCUCUCUGUAUGAUGUGUUGUAAUAAGUAUGUUUAAAAAAAAAAAAGAAGAAAAAAAUACAACAGGGCUUUCUGUAAUCCUCUGUCACAAAAUGUAUUGGAAUUGAAAAAUCGGUAUAAAGGACACACUGUUAAGAUAUGGCAAUGCAUGCAUUGUUUUCUACAUAAUGCAGUCAGAGUCUCCAUGGUAAAAAGAAAUUUUUAUUUUAUUUUUUUUGUCACCAUCAGCAGUUAACCUAAAGUAGGAGCUGCUCCAUUUCAUUAUAGGUUAAAUGGCUUACUAUACAAAACUAGCUGAGAGACGUACAGUGCUAACACUGCAUUUUUUUAGUAGGUUUUAAAAACGUGCUUGAAGAUCAGUGAAGAAAAAACAAUGCAGCAUAUGUUAUUGUUCUGGAAUUUUUUUAAUAGAAAGCGCUCCUUUCCAGCAUUCCCCCUUCAGUGGAGUCACUUAGACACUUCCAGCUGGUGGCAGGGGAUACAGCCAUAAUACAGCUUUCUCUGUCCCAGCUGUCUUUUUCAUUACGUUAAAUGCAUUACGAUGGCUGCACUGCUUUGCAAAGGCUCAGGUGCAGAAAGGUAUAGGAAGAAAUCUGCAACUAUGUGUUUUUGUAGUGACUGCAAGCUUCUGCGAGAUCUCUGAAUCCUGAAUGUGUUCCUGGCUCUGGUCACAGAUCUCCUUCCAAUCACUGGAACAUUUGCUGUAAGGGCUGGCUAAAGGUGCCCGAGGAAAUCACCUUUUACAAGGGAGCAUUGUUGUAAAGGAUUUUUAAUGCAUUAUGGCUCACGCAGCAUCACAGUUAAAGAAAAACAGGGAUUUAGAAAUAAAUGCUGAGGAAGAAACUGAGAAAAAAAGAAAACACAGGAAAAGAUCCCGGGAUCGGAAGAAAAAGUCUGACACAAAUGCAAGUUACCUGAGAGCAGCUCGAGCUGGCAACUUGGAAAAGGCUCUUGACUACUUAAAAAAUGGAGUGGACAUCAACAUCUCAAAUCAGAAUGGGUUGAAUGCUCUCCAUCUUGCUUCCAAAGAAGGGCACGUAGAAGUUGUCUCUGAGCUGAUCCAGCGAGGUGCCAGUGUGGAUGCAGCCACAAAGAAAGGAAACACAGCACUGCACAUAGCAUCCCUCGCUGGACAAGCAGAAGUCGUCAAAGUGUUGGUUACAAAUCGGGCCAAUGUCAAUGCACAGUCUCAGAAUGGCUUCACUCCAUUGUACAUGGCAGCCCAAGAAAACCACCUGGAGGUUGUUAAGUUUCUUCUUGACAAUGGUGCCAGUCAAAGCCUUGCCACAGAGGAUGGUUUCACACCUUUGGCAGUAGCUUUGCAGCAAGGCCAUGACCAGGUGGUUUCCCUGCUGCUGGAAAAUGACACCAAGGGGAAGGUUCGCCUGCCCGCCCUUCACAUCGCGGCUCGCAAGGACGACACCAAGGCGGCGGCUCUGCUCCUGCAGAACGACCACAACGCUGAUGUGGAGUCGAAGAGUGGGUUCACUCCCCUCCACAUAGCUGCUCACUAUGGGAAUAUCAAUGUAGCCACGUUGCUGUUGAACCGGGGUGCUGCCGUGGACUUCACUGCAAGGAAUGACAUCACACCGUUGCACGUUGCAUCAAAAAGGGGAAACGCAAAUAUGGUCAAACUCCUACUUGAUCGAGGAGCUAAAAUUGAUGCCAAAACAAGGGAUGGGCUGACCCCCCUCCACUGUGGAGCAAGAAGUGGCCAUGAACAGGUUGUAGAAAUGCUGCUGGAUCGUGGUGCCCCUAUUCUUUCCAAAACCAAGAAUGGUUUGUCUCCGUUGCACAUGGCAACGCAAGGGGAUCAUCUAAACUGUGUUCAGCUCCUGAUUCAGCACAACGUGCCUGUGGACGACGUCACCAAUGACUACCUGACUGCGCUGCAUGUUGCCGCCCACUGUGGCCACUACAAAGUCGCCAAGGUUCUCUUGGACAAGAAAGCUAAUCCUAAUGCCAAAGCACUGAAUGGUUUCACACCUCUUCACAUUGCCUGCAAGAAGAACAGAAUAAAAGUAAUGGAACUUCUUCUAAAGCACGGUGCAUCAAUUCAAGCUGUAACUGAGUCGGGCCUAACUCCAAUCCAUGUUGCUGCCUUCAUGGGACAUGUAAAUAUUGUAUCACAGCUAAUGCAUCAUGGAGCAUCCCCCAACACUACCAAUGUGAGAGGAGAGACAGCGCUGCACAUGGCAGCCAGAGCUGGCCAGACUGAGGUCGUCCGGUACCUGGUGCAAAACGGAGCCCAGGUGGAGGCCAAAGCCAAGGAUGACCAAACACCGCUGCACAUUUCUGCCCGCCUGGGGAAGGCAGACAUUGUGCAGCAGCUGCUGCAGCAGGGAGCGUCUCCCAAUGCAGCCACCACAUCAGGCUACACGCCCCUGCACCUUUCUGCUCGGGAAGGGCACGAAGACGUAGCUUCUGUUCUUUUGGAUCAUGGUGCAUCUCUGUCUAUCAUCACCAAGAAAGGAUUUACUCCACUACAUGUGGCUGCAAAGUACGGGAAAAUUGAGGUAGCCAACCUCCUGCUUCAGAAGAAUGCAUCUCCUGAUGCUUCUGGAAAGAGCGGUUUAACACCACUGCAUGUAGCUGCACACUACGAUAAUCAAAAAGUGGCCCUCCUCCUGUUGGACCAGGGAGCUUCACCUCAUGCCUCUGCCAAGAAUGGCUACACACCCCUGCACAUAGCUGCCAAGAAGAACCAGAUGGACAUAGCAACCACCCUGCUGGAGUACGGCGCCGACGCCAACGCCGUCACCAGGCAGGGCAUCGCCCCGCUGCACCUCGCCUCCCAGGACGGCCACGUGGACAUGGUGUCACUGCUGCUCUCCAGAAAUGCCAAUGUCAACCUCAGCAACAAGAGUGGACUGACGCCCCUCCACCUGGCUGCCCAAGAGGACAGGGUCAAUGUAGCAGAGGUUCUGGUUAACCAGGGAGCUGCUGUUGAUGCACAGACAAAGAUGGGAUACACUCCUUUGCACGUUGGCUGCCACUACGGAAACAUAAAAAUCGUGAACUUCCUUCUGCAGCAUUCUGCAAAAGUCAACGCCAAAACGAAGAACGGGUACACGCCGCUGCACCAGGCGGCACAGCAGGGGCACACCCACAUCAUCAACGUCCUGCUCCAGCACGGCGCCGCGCCCAACGAGCUCACUGUGAAUGGAAACACUGCCCUCGCCAUUGCUAAGCGACUUGGCUACAUUUCAGUUGUUGACACGCUGAAGGUGGUGACAGAGGAGACCAUGACUACAAUUACUGUUACAGAAAAGCACAAAAUGAAUGUCCCAGAAACCAUGAAUGAAGUUCUUGAUAUGUCUGAUGAUGAAGUUCGUAAAGCCAAUGCCCCUGAAAUACUCAGUGAUGCUGAAUAUUUGUCAGAUGUUGAAGAAGGUGAGGAUGCAAUGACAGGCGAUACAGACAAAUACCUCGGACCCCAGGAUCUGAAAGAGCUGGGAGAUGAUUCUCUGCCUGCUGAAGGAUACAUGGGCUUCAGCCUGGGAGCCCGCUCCGCCAGUCCAAAAGUCAGUUCGGAUAGGUCCUACACGCUGAACAGGAGCUCCUAUGCCCGAGACAGCAUGAUGAUUGAGGAGCUGCUGGUGCCAGCCAAGGACCAGCACCUGACGUUUCAAAGGGAGUUUGAUUCUGAUUCUCUCAGGCACUAUAGCUGGGCUCCAGACACCUUGGACAAUGUUAACCUUGUUUCCAGUCCCAUCCAUUCUGGCUAUUCCUCUCCACUCCCCCAGUAUGAUUCAAGUUUCCUGGUUAGCUUCAUGGUGGACGCACGCGGGGGUUCCAUGAGGGGCAGUCGGCACCAUGGCAUGCGGAUCAUCAUCCCGCCGCGGAAGUGCACGGCGCCCACGCGCAUCACCUGCCGCCUGGUCAAGAGGCACAAGCUGGCCAGCCCACCGCCCAUGGUUGAAGGAGAAGGAUUGGCAAGCCGGCUUGUAGAAAUGGGGCCAGCAGGGGCCCAGUUCUUAGGCCCUGUCAUAGUGGAAAUCCCACAUUUUGGAUCAAUGCGAGGCAAGGAACGAGAGCUGAUCGUACUCCGGAGUGAGAACGGUGAAACGUGGAAGGAGCACCAGUAUGACAGCAAACAUGAAGACUUAACUGAAAUACUUAAUGGCAUGGAUGAAGAGCUGGACAGCGUGGAGGAGCUGGAGAAGAAGCGGAUCUGCAGGAUCGUCACCAAGGAUUUCCCCCAGUACUUCGCCGUGGUGUCCCGGAUCAAGCAGGAGAGCAACCAGAUCGGGCCCGAGGGCGGGGUGCUGAGCAGCACCACGGUGCCACGAGUCCAGGCCUCCUUCCCCGAGGGGGCUCUGACCAAGAGGAUCCGCGUGGGGCUCCAGGCUCAACCAGUUCCAGAAGAGAUUGUCAAAAAAAUCCUUGGAAACAAAGCAACAUUCAGUCCCAUUGUCACUGUGGAGCCAAGAAGAAGGAAAUUCCAUAAGCCAAUAACCAUGACAAUUCCUGUGCCACCUCCAUCAGGAGAAGGAGUAACCAAUGGGUACAAAGGAGACACGACCCCCAGCCUUCGACUCCUAUGUAGCAUUACAGGAGGCACUUCGCCUGCGCAGUGGGAGGAUAUCACGGGCACCACGCCGCUGACAUUUUCCAACGACUGUGUCUCCUUCACCACCAAUGUUUCUGCCAGAUUUUGGCUCGCAGACUGCCACCAAGUACUAGAGACUGUUGGGCUGGCAACACAGCUUUAUAGAGAAUUAAUAUGCGUUCCUUAUAUGGCAAAGUUUGUGAUAUUUGCCAAAAUGAAUGACCCCGUGGAAUCCAAUUUGCGCUGCUUCUGCAUGACUGACGACAAAGUGGACAAAACUUUGGAGCAACAAGAGAACUUUGAGGAAGUCGCCAGAAGCAAAGACAUUGAGGUUCUUGAAGGAAAACCUAUUUAUGUUGAUUGCUAUGGAAAUCUGGCCCCUUUGACUAAAGGAGGACAGCAGCUUGUUUUUAAUUUUUAUGCUUUCAAAGAAAAUAGACUGCCAUUUUCUAUCAAGGUAAGAGACACCAGCCAGGAACCCUGUGGUCGAUUAUCAUUUUUGAAAGAACCAAAGACUACAAAAGGACUGCCACAAACAGCUGUUUGCAACUUGAAUAUCACUCUGCCAGCACACAAAAAGGAAACAGAGUCAGAUCAAGAUGAUGAGACGGAGAAAGCUGACCGGCGCCAGAACUUCGUCUCCCUUGCUUUACGUAAGCGCUACAGCUAUCUGACUGAGCCUGGAAUGAAAACAGUUGAACGGAGUGCAGGAGCAACAAGAUCCCUACCUGCUACUUACUCAUACAAGCCAUUCUUUUCAACACGGCCAUAUCAGUCAUGGACAACAGCUCCAAUUACAGUGCCUGGGCAAACCAAGUCAGGCUUCACUUCCUUAUCAAGCUCUUCCUCUAACACUCCUACAGCUUCCCCAUUAAAAUCAAUAUGGUCUGUUUCUUCUACUUCUCCAAUCAAAUCCACAUUAGGAGCUUCUACCACGUCUUCAGUUAAAUCUGUUAGUGAUGUAGCAUCUCCGAUUAGAUCGUUUCGGACAAUCUCUUCGCCAAUAAAAACUGUGGUCUCUCAGCCUCCCUACAACAUGCAGGUUACUUCAGGCUCUUUCAUCAGAGCUCCCGCAGUCACAGAAGCUGCCAGUCUCAAAGGGCUGGCCUCCACUACCACAUUCCCCUCUCGGACAUCUCCAGUGACUACAGCAGGAUCUCUCUUGGAGAGAUCAUCCAUAACCAUGACGCCUCCAGCAUCCCCCAAAUCCAACAUUAACAUGUACUCUUCGAGCUUGCCACUUAAAUCGGUCAUCACAUCAGCAUCUUCACUUUUAUCGUCCCCUCUAAAGUCAGUGGUGUCACCUGCUAAGUCAGCAGUUGAUGCUGUUUCAUCCACUAAAGUCAUGAUGGCCUCGUCUCUCUCGUCGCCAGCAAAACAUGUAGCUGGGCACACAGAUGUACCAUUGCUCAAUGGGUCUGUGUCACCUCUGAAAUACCCAUCUUCUGCCAGCUUAAUAAAUGGAUCCAAAGCUGCAGGUGUUUUUCAAGACAAGAUCUCUGCAGCUGCACAUUCUGCAACUUGUGCUGCUAACGCAGUUGCUGACACGGCUGAGAGAGUGUUUUCAACAGCUACAACAAUGUCAUUUUCUCCACUCAGGUCAUUUGUGUCUUCAGCACCAUCAGCUUUCCAGUCAAUGAGAACUCCUCCUGCAGGUGCUUUGUACACAGCCCUUGGGUCAAUAUCUGCAACUACCUCAUCAGUAACUUCAUCAACAAUAACAGUGCCAGUAUAUUCUGUAGUCAAUGUUUUGUCUGAACCAGCAUUAAAGAAGCUCCCAGAGUCGUCUUCACUUACAAAAUCAGCCGCUGCGUUACUGUCACCUAUUAAAACAUUGACUACAGAGGCGCGCACGCAGCCUACCUUCACUCGAACUUCAUCUCCAAUAAAAUCAUCCUUGUUUUUAGCACCCUCUGCUCUCAAAUUGUCCACACCAUCUUCCUUAUCCUCCAGUCAGGAGAUACUGAAAGAUGUUGCUGAAAUGAAAGAGGAUCUGAUAAGAAUGACUGCAAUAUUGCAGACAGAUGUCGCAGAGGACAAGCCGUUCCAACCUGACAUACCGAAAGAGGGUAGAAUUGAUGAUGAAGAGCCCUUUAAAAUUGUUGAGAAAGUAAAAGAGGACUUAGUAAAAGUUAGUGAGAUUCUGAAAAAGGAUGUGUGUUUAGAAAGUAAAGGGUCGGCUAAAGUACCCAAAAGUGACCAAGGACACCUGUCUGAGGAUGACUGGGUAGAGUUCAGUACAGAGGAGAUUGAUGAAGCGAGACAGCAAGCUUUGACAAGCCCUCCUAUAUCUGUUCCAGAGAAGGUCCAAAUUAAAACUAAAACCAUGUCGGAAAAGGAUUAUAGCUUGUCAAAAGUUAUUGAUUACUUAGCGAAUGAUAUCGGUAGCAGUUCAUUAACAAACAUAAAGUACAAGUUUGAAGAGGGGAAAAAAGAAGGUGAAGAGAGACAAAAGCGCAUUUUAAAACCAGCUAUCGCUUUGCAGGAACAUAAACUUAAAAUGCCUCCUGCCUCCAUGAGGCCUUCAACAUCGGAAAAGGAGUUAUGUAAAAUUGCAGACUCCUUUUUUGGAACAGACACUAUUUUAGAGUCUCCAGAUGACUUUUCUCAACAUGAUCAAGAUAAAAGUCCCUUGUCUGACAGUGGCUUUGAAACGAGGAGCGAAAAGACACCUUCUGCCCCACAAAGUGCUGAAAGCACAGGGCCAAAACCACUUUUCCACGAUGUGCCCAUCCCUCCCGUCAUUACAGAAACAAGAACUGAAGUCGUUCACGUCAUCCGCAGCUACGAACCAUCGUCGGAAGAUAUUCCAGAGCAGAAGGCAGAGGAGCUACCAGCCUCAAAACCUUCCCCUACAUUUAUGGAGCUGGAGCAAAAACCUUCUGGGUCCAUUAAAGAGAAGGUUAAAGCUUUUCAAAUGAAAGCUAGUGGCAGUGAAGAGGACGACCAUAAGUGUGUCCUUAGUAAAGGUGUCCGAGUAAAAGAAGAAACUCAUAUCACUACAACAACUAGGAUGGUUUAUCAUAAACCUCCAUGCACAGAAAGUUCCUCUGAAAGAAUUGAGGAAACAAUGUCUGUUCAUGACAUAAUGAAAGCCUUUCAGUCUGGACGUGACCCUUCCAAAGAACUGGCAGGUCUGUUUGAACAUAAAUCAUCAGUAACGUCCGAUGUCAGCAAGUCUGCUGAAACUUCACCACAACAUGCAGAGAAGGACAGCAAAAUGAAACCCAAACUGGAGCGAAUAAUAGAGGUCCAUAUUGAACAAGGUAAUCAGGCUGAACCUACUGAAGUCAUUAUUAGAGAAACAAAAAAGCAUCCAGAAAAAGAAAUGUAUGUAUAUCAGAAAGACUUACCUCGGGGAGAUAUUAACUUAAAAGAGUUGGAAAAACGUGAUGCUUUUCCUUGUUCAGACGAACAAGGUCAGCAAGAAGAAGAGGAGCUCACGGCCGAAGAGUCACUUCCUUCUUAUCUGGAAUCCUCUAGAGUUAACACUCCCGUGUCCCAGGAAGAAGACAGUCGCCCUAGUUCUGCUCAACUCAUGUCUGAUGACUCUUACAAAACACUGAAGCUUUUGAGUCAGCACUCAAUAGAAUACCAUGAUGAUGAGUUGUCAGAACUAAGAGGGGAGUCUUACAGGUUUGCUGAGAAAAUGCUUCUUUCAGAAAAGCUAGAUGUGUCUCAUUCUGAUACUGAGGAGUCAGUUACUGACCAUGCUCUACCCCUUAGUGCAGAGUUACAGGGGACUGAUAAACGAUGCAGAGAAAAAGUAGCUACUGCCCCCAAAAAAGAGAUUCUCUCCAAAAUCUAUAAAGAUGUAUCUGAAAAUGGUGUAGGUAAAAUGUCUAAGGAGGAUCAUUAUGAUAAAGUGACAGUGUUACACUACACUGGAGAUGUUAGUAGUCACAAACAUGCAAUGUGGAUGCGCUUUACUGAGGACAGAUUAGACAGAGGUAGAGAAAAGUUGAUAUAUGAAGACAGGGUGGACAGGACUGUUAAAGAGGCAGAAGAAAAACUGACUGAAGUAUCCCAGUUUUUUCGGGAUAAAACAGAGAAGUUGAAUGAUGAGCUACAGUCUCCAGAGAAAAAGCAGCAUAAAAAAAAUGGCAAGGAAAUACAUUCUAGCCAGAGCUCUGCCAGCAGCAGCCCCGAGAAAGUUCUGCUCUCUGAAUUGCCAUCAUCUGGGGAUGAAUGGAGUAAGGUGAAGCAGUAUGCCCAUGAUGGGAAGUGCUUUCCCAAGGUGGAUGAAAGGAAAGCAUCCAGUUUGCCCAGCAGUCCUGAAAAAAGGAUAUAUGUGCAACCUGCAGAGGACUCUAAACGAACUAUGGAACACAAAGGAAGUGCUCAGCAGACUGGAGCGCCUGAGACUGGGUUUCAGCUGAAGCAAUCUAAGCUCAGUUCCAUUAGGCUUAAAUUUGAGCAAGGUAUAAGUCCCAGAAGUAAGGAUGUAACUCAAGAAGAAAAAAAGCUGGAUGGCCAGUCCAAAAUUCCAGUAAAAAAAUUGCAAGAAAGUAAGUUACCAGUGUAUCAGUCCUAUUCAAGAGAGAAACACGCAAAGCAAAUAGAGGUCAUUGAUGGGAGCACAGCCUUACAGAAAGAGGUGAAAAUGCAGGAAGAUCUUGUUCCAGGUAAAGGGAAAGCUGUGGAAGAUUCUCGUGCUUCAGACACACGAACUGAGAUGAGGAAAGGAGUGCCAGAAUGCUUUUCAGAACCACGGGCAAAAGACCUGGCAUAUGGCUCAGACUCAACAACUAAGGGACACUGGGACAAAAAAAUCUAUAGGACGUGGGAAAGUCCUGGAACUUCUAACCAUAAAACGCAGAAGGAAAAGCUUUCACAUGUGCUGGUUCCAGAUACAGUAAAAGAAAACCAUGUUGAUCAUGCUGAAUCUAAAACUGACCAAAAAAGUGAAUUUGUCACUGUGACAGAGCACAAAGUGGCCUCAAAUGGAAUCCAUUCAGAAGAAGUGAAGGAACUGACUGUAAAAUCCCCCUCAAAAAGGGUUUUAUACAGAGAAUUUGUUGUCAGGGAGGGGGAACGUAAUGGUGAAGUGGCUGAUAAAAUAUCCAAAAGGAAAGAAGAAAUUGCUGUGUCCCAUAUUCCAGUCAGAAUUGUUGAGGAGAAGAGAGCCAUGCUUGAUGGUGUCUAUGAACUUUCAGCUAAAGUAUCCCAAUCAGCUGUGAUUCAGGAGAAAGUUGAAAGACAGAUUGAUUAUGGGGAAGAUGAAAAAAUAAAGCAUUCAGAAAUCAGAAAAGUUACCAAGCAGCAGAGCUCAAUAGGUCUAAGUCCUCCUGCCGAGGAAACAGAGCUAUCCCCUAGCAAAUCACCAGAUUCUUUAGAAUGUAGCCCAGGAAAGGAAUUUCCUUCAAGUGACAUAGCUGACCCCGGUGCCAGUGAUUACUUGAAUAAAGCUGCACCGCUAGUGAGCACUGAGGGAGUAAAAGAAAUUAAGACCUUACCUGUUUAUGUCAGUUUUGUUCAAGUAGGAAAGCAAUAUGAGAAAGAGGUGCAACAAGGCAGUAUUAAAAAAAUUGUCAGUCAGGAAAGUAAGACAGUACAAGAGACGAGGGGGACAUUUUACACAGCUAGGCAGCAAAAACAACCUCCCUCUCCACAAGGUAGUCCAGAAGAUGACACGCUAGAACAAGUGUCCUUUAUAGACAGCUCUGGUAAAAGCCCUUUAACACCAGAAACACCGAGUUCAGAGGAAGUGAGUUACGAGUUUACAUCUAAAACACCUGACUCACUAAUAGCUUAUAUCCCAGGCAAGCCCAGCCCUAUACCUGAGGUGUCUGAGGAGUCAGAGGAGGAAGCAGAGGCUAAGUCAACAUCUGUGAAACAGGCAGAGGUUGAGGAACCACAGAUUGACAAAACAUUACCUAAUCUUAUAAAUAAGGACUCUAACAAAAGACCCAAAGGUAACAGAGUUGCCUAUAUUGAAUUCCCUCCUCCUCCACCCCUGGAUGCGGAUCAAGGGGAAUCAGAAAAGAAGCCUCAUUAUUCCACUGAGAGUGAAAUGGAGAUGACUGAAGUGAACUUGCAAGAUGAACAUGACAAGUGCCAACUGGCUGAACCUGUCAUCAGAGUACAGCCACCUUCUCCUGUGCCACCGGGAGCAGAUGUCAGUGACUCCAGUGAUGAUGAAUCCCUCUAUCAGCCUGUUCCGCUUAAAAAGUAUACGUUCAAACUGAAAGAGCUGGAAGAUGACCAGAAAGAGACCUCAAAACCCAAAGCCCCUGAAAAGAUUGAGAAACAGAAAGAGUUAGGACAUCCCACUUCUGGGAAAUCCAGUGAGUUUGACACUGGGCUUGAUUCACCCCAGAAUGAUGUAGUGCAAAAUGGGAGUAACAAUGACCAGUCUGUCACAGAGUGUUCCAUAGCAACCACUGCAGAAUUCUCCCAUGAUACCGAUGCGACAGAGAUUGACUCUCUUGACGGUUAUGAUUUGCAAGAUGAAGAUGAUGGUUUAACUGAGAGUGAUUCUAAACUUGCAGGUCCGGCAGUUGAAACCAAAAAGGACAUAUGGACUACAGAAGGCAUUCUAAAGCAGACUGAUCGCUGCUUUAGCCAGAGUAAGCUUGAAGUCAUUGAGGAGGAAGGCAAGGUAGGCCCUGAAGAAGACAAGACACCUUCAAAAGGUCCAUCUUCUGACAAAGCUGGAGAUAAGAGCGAUAAGAAGUCAGGGGCACAGUUUUUCUCUUUGGAAGGCAGACACCCUGACAGGACUGUAUUUCCUGACUCGUAUUUCAGUUACAAAGUAGACGAAGAAUUCGCAACACCUUUCAAAACUGUGGCCACCAAGAGUCUAGAUUUUGACCCGUGGUCAAAUAACCGAGGUGACGAUGAAGUGUUUGAGACUAAAUCAAGGGAUGAUGAGGCUAAGCCAUUUGGUCUGGCAGUGGAAGACAGAUCUCAAGCGACAACACCUGACACAACACCAGCCAGAACUCCAACAGAUGAGAGUACGCCAACUAGCGAGCCCAACCCCUUCCCAUUUCAUGAGGGGAAGAUGUUUGAGAUGACUCGCAGUGGUGCAAUUGACAUGAGCAAGAGGGAUUUUGUUGAAGAAAGACUCCAAUUUUUUCAGAUUGGUGAGCAUACUUCUGAAGGGAAGUCAGGGGACAAGGGGGAAGGGGAUAAAAGUACAGUCACUGCCAUCACACAGCCACAGGCAGGGGACAGCACUGUAGAAACAAACCUAGAGAGACCAGUAGAAACAACAGCAGUUGAAAAUAUGCCCGGCAUCCAGGCCAGUGGAGAUUGCAUGGAACAAACACUUGGUAGUAACUCACUGGAGAAAUCAUCGGCAGCAGUAAACGCUUCCAAAGUUGAUCCCAAAUUGCGCACACCAAUUAAAAUGGGAAUUUCUGCUUCCACCAUGACUCUGAAGAAAGAUGGCCCUGGCGAAGUGACAGAUAAGAUAGAAGCUGUGAUGCCAAGUGGUGAGGGAUUAGAAAAUGAAACUGUAGCAGUGAUUGCGAGUUCAGCUUCUAGCCAGACAAGCUGUAGGCAAACAGAAAACACUGAUUUUCCAAAAGAUAAUUUUAAUAACAACAACAAUUUGGAUUCAUCUGCUGUCCCUACAGAUGAUAUUACCUGUAAUGUAGUGCUAAAAGAACAUUUGGAACCGAAAUGUUCCCUCCAGAAAGCUAAUCAAGCGAAAAGCACUUCAGGAAAAGGUACAGGGACAACACAAGGACACAGAGUAAGAGAUAAGCAAAAACCACACGGAGAGCAGCAAAAGUCAACAGAGUUGGUAGGAGCUAGAGGAAAAUCAAAGCUUCCUGUAAAGGCCAGCUCAGUAAAACAAGUCUUUUCCCAAAAUAAUCUCCAAAGCAAUACAGGGAGUAAAGCGAAAGAGGCUAGUAAGCCUGACAAAGCAAAACAAAAUAAUUAUUCUUCUCCCUGUGUAGAAGCAAGGUCUAGGAUUCCUGUAAAAAACACACAUAGGAGUAAUCUAGCUAGAAGAACUCCAGCCCUGCCAAAACAAGAGCAGGUAGAGAAAGAAAAAACAAAACAACUUCCUUCUAAAUUGCCAGUAAAGGUAAGAUCUACCUCCGUCACCAUGACAACAGUUAAAGUAAAGAAAAAUCAGCUUAGGGAGGUAUGUAAACAUUCUAUUGAAUAUUUUAAGGGAAUUAGUGGUGAGACAUUAAAGCUUGUGGAUCGUCUUUCUGAUGAAGAGAAAAAGAUGCAGUCAGAGGUCUCUGAUGAUGAAGAAGACAGUACAUCAAGGAACACAUCCUUAUCAGAAGCUACUCAAGUUUACCUGCCUUCCAUUACACCGAAGUCUGCUAGAGACAUGAGAACAGAGGCAGCAUCUAUAAAAUCAAAGAUUGAAAAGGCCGACAGUGAGAGGAGGAGGAGUAAGAGGACUGGUCCACAGAGUCCAUGUGAACGGACAGAUAUAAGGAUGGCAAUUGUAGCUGAUCACCUAGGACUUAGCUGGACAGAACUGGCAAGAGAACUGAAUUUUUCUGUGGAUGAAAUAAAUCAAAUCCGAGUAGAAAACCCAAAUUCUCUUAUUGCUCAAAGCUUCAUGUUAUUAAAAAAAUGGGUUACCAGAGAUGGGAAAAAUGCUACAACUGAUGCCUUAACUUCUGUAUUGACAAAAAUUAAUCGGAUAGAUAUUGUGACCCUGUUGGAAGGACCAAUAUUUGACUAUGGAAAUAUUUCAGGCACCAGAAGUUUUGCAGAUGAAAAUAACGUAUUUCAUGAUCCCAUUGAUGGUUAUCCCUCCAUCCAAGUGGAACUGGAAACUCCCACUGGGUUGCGCUUCGUGCCGCCCACCCCUUUGCACCAGGACGAUUUCCUUAGCGACACCUCUAGCCUAGAGUCACCCCUUAGAACUCCCAGUAGACUGAGUGACGUGGUAGUGACCUCCCAGGGACACGUAGAUGGUACAGCAGCAGCACCGCCAGUGGUGACUGAAGAGGACACUUCACUGGAUGACAGCAAAGUUGAUUUCUCAGUGCCUAGAGAAGGAACACCUAAAGAUAUUUCCAUAGGCGAGAGCCACUUGGAGGAAGUGGACCUUAAAGAUUUUCCGCGGUAUCUCGGUAGUUAUGGCGGGAUAUCCAGAGAUGCUAAACAAAGGCAGAGCGAAGAGACUAGUAAAAGAGGAGUGAGGACUGAACAGCCUGAGAGAGAAAAGUCUGGUACUGAUGAGGAGAUGACGGCAGAAAAGUUUAAGUCUCUGUUUGAGGACAUUCAUCUGGAAGAAGGAGCUGAGUCUGAGGAGAUGAUGGAAGAAAGAGUAUGGUCAAUUCUUAAAGGUGUUCAACAAGCAGAACGCGAAAUGUCUUCAAUUACAGGUUGGCAGCCUGACUCCUCCAGCAUCUCCGAGGCGCCGACGUCGGGACGCAGGAUAGGCGGCAGCCUGCUGGAUCGCUUGGAUGAGAGUUCGGACCAAUGUCGGGAUUCUGUUACCUCAUACGUCAAAGGAGAAGCAGGGAAGCCAGAAACAAAUGGAAGCCUAUCCGAGUCCACAUCAGAGGCAAAAACUAAAUCCUACAUCCAGGAAGCUUUAAAUGAUGUGGGAAAACACAGUGACAAAGAAACCCUGAAAACAAAGUCUCAGAUCUCAACUGGUACUGAUGAGCAAACAUUAUCAUCAACAGCAUAUCAGAAAUCUUUGGAAGAGACCAGCAAGCCAACAACAGAAGGCAGCAAAACAUCUGUGCCUGUCAGUGUGAAGAAGAUGGGCUGGAGUACUUCUGAGGAUGGCAAGCCAAGAACAAGCAUCCAAGAGGAGGAGGGAGCAGUAAUGUCUGAACAGAAGGGUGAGGAAGCAAAAAACAUUCCUGGUGAAUCUGUAACAGAGGAACAGUUUACCGAUGAAGAAGGCAACGUCAUCACGAGAAAAAUCACCCGGAAAGUAGUAAGACGUGUUGUUAUCCCCCAUGAGAGGAAAGUUGGUGAAAUGCAGGGAGAAGCUUAUAAGGUUAAGACAAAGAAAGAAGUCAGACACGUGGAGAAGAAAAGUUACUCAUGAAAGCUGAAAGCCAACCACUGAACGUGUGCUUUUACUGCCAGUAUUCUAGAGGGACACUCACGGAAGAAAAAUCAACAGGAAUUAAACAUUCACCUAUAAAAGUGUGCGUGUGUUUGCUGCUUCCCCACAUUAACCGCAUGGUUUUUAUGCAAAAAGAAAAAAAAAACAAACAAAAAAAAUCCCAAACAAAAAAAUUAAUUUAGCAUGAGCCAAUUUACAGAGCAUGGAAAUUCACGUUCAUUCACAGGAUUGGAGGGUGCUCAGUUACCAAUGCAGUGUAUAUACAAGAUGCCAUGCUGUUAACAGCUUCUCUCAAGCAGUUUGAUGUCAUCUCAAAAGAAAUAAAUUCCUGUGGCCAGAGAGGAUGUGCGAAGACGAAAUGGUUAAACCAUGGAAAGACACUAAAAAUACUAAAAUCCACAACAGCUCGCCUUAUUUUUCUUGGACCCAAACUGUCAGGGUAUAAAACACUAUUUGUUUCUUUUUUAAACAUCAAUAGUUUUGCUGUAAAUAAAUAACACUGUAUAAAUUCUGACAAAAUAGAAUAAGUGUUGAUAAGGCACUGCCUUUUCGAUCACAAACAGAAUAUUGCAAAUGCAUUGAGCAGGCUAGGUGUCUCAAAUGGCUGCACCUACAGGGAUAUUCUGGGUGUAUCUUCACAGAUUCUUGUAUAUUAGCAAUUAUAAUGUUUGUAUAUGCAAAAUCGCUAGCUUGAUUUUAAAAAAAUCUUUAAAAUCUGCUGCAAAUUUAAAUGAUUCCCAAAAUGAGGAAUUCUGUAGUUCUGUGAAAAUUUUUCUUCAGAGUACUAAUAUUUUGAUGCAUGUGUUUCACCUUAUUUUGAUUAAAUCUUUUCCAGUUUUGCAAACACUAUUCCGCAACAUGAAAAAUAAGAUUUUAUCUGUAAACACAAAGCCCUUCAUCUAAUAUUUGUUGCUGUUGCCAAUUUUUCAAUGAAAUGACCUAAGACCCAUAACAUAUACAGUAGUUGCAUUAUGGGGAGGGGGGUGCUAUCUGUUCUUGCUUUAUAAUGGGGGUAAUGCUUGCAGCUUUAGAAGUGGGUUGGUGCUCUAAGGAGCACAAGUUUGGGAUAUUUUUAAAUGAACUGAAGAGAAAUUAUUAGCUAAUAGACUGGCAGCACGCUGUAAAAUUAUUACUGUAUUGUGUACUGGCUAUAAGAUGUAGAAUCUUUCAGUAAGCCAAUCAUCUGUAAUCAUCCUAGCAGUGUAAUAUUAGGUUGUUAAGGCUGCUGUGUUUUAAAGGGCAUUUUUAUUUGGUUUUUGGUGAAAUACUUUAAUUUGUUGAUUAUAUUCAUAUGGAAACAGCAUUCAUUGAUAAUAGCUCUAAUUACAUAUGUAUGAAAACAACAAACACUGGAUGAUCUAGUUGAUUAUUUAAGCAUAAAAUAAAUUGUGUUAAAACUCUUGGAUAA